AUGGCUAUGAAUGAACCAAUACCUCAUGAUCCCACGCACAAUGAAGCUCUUGCCCUCUUCAAGUCUCCCGAAUUUGCACCUCUGCUCUAUCAAGAGCUCAUCAAGCGACCUGAACAUCAAAGUUCGGACCAACGACAGGCUCGGAUGCCGAGGGUUAGAGAAACUCUCCUCAAACUCAUCGUCAUCAUCGGCGUGUGCAAGCCUUUGGAGGCAAUCUUCAAAACUGAUGCAAUCACGAGACCAGGAGACAAGGACUACUCGUUCUCAAGCAUAUUGAACGACGUUGAGACUGAGGUUACGGUCCUCUCUGGCAUCAUGGUACAUAACCUGCCCAGGGAGACUGGCUGGUACCUCAGAGGUACGAGAAGGGUUGGAGUAAGCAUAGAGGAUACGGAGACCCUCCAGCAAUGCAUCGAGCUCGCAGCGAGCUUCUGCAGGUUGCGCCUGCACAGAGUCCCAAGAGUCGCGGAUAUCGAACAAGAGGUCUAG